CGAUAUAGAUAAAAACGUUCGUUUGGUUGUUUAUUACAAACAUUGAUUGAUUUGAUAGUAUUAAAUAAACGUUUACCUGCUUAUUUGUUACGGAAAUAACAAUGGGAGAUAGAUAUAACAUCCACAGUCAGUUGGAGCAUUUGCAGAGUAAGUACAUCGGCACUGGGCACGCGGAUACAAACAAAUACGAAUGGCUUACCAAUCAACACCGUGACUCGCUCGCCAGCUACCUUGGGCACUACGAUAUGCUGAGCUAUUUCGCAGCGGCGGAGAACGAAUCGAAGGCUCGGAUUAGGUUUAACAUAAUGGAAAAAAUGGUGCAACCCUGCGGACCGCCACCGGAGAAGCCGGAAGAAUAAUUUAUACGAAAUAAAAACUGCACUCAGACUAUACUCUGA